AUGCACCCUAACACCCCACACGGUUAUCCUCGUCGUUUGAGUGCAGGUAUUGGCCGCUGGACGGACCAAAACACCAUCCCGGCUGGACCGCAGAACGCCCCUCAACCUCAGACAGCCCGUCCUUCCAAGAAGAGCAAAUGGCCUCCCGUUCUUAGUGUCUUCCGCUCGGCUGACAACGAUGACACUCACGGCUCAUCUUGCAGGUGCGUUAGAUGCUUGCAUGCCUGUGGUGCACUUAAAGUUCAGGUUGUCGACCAACCUCAGCGUGAGUUCAGCUUCAAGCACCCACGUCCUGCCCCGGCUCCCCCAAGACGCCCUACCCCUCCUCCAAGACGUGCUCCUCCAAGACCUGCUACACCUGGCUCUGCUCCGAGACGUAGAAAUUCGAGUCCGACAGCUCCCAUGCCAAGACCUACAACCAGACGUCAUCAGACUGUCGCUCAACAGCCUCAAAUCGUUGCGCCUCGUCCCAUCGCUCCCAUCUCGAUCUCAGCUCUGAACGCUACUUGUGAACCUGCGCCACCUAGCCCAGCCAUCUCGGUCACUACUUCGGAGCCAGACUUCGACCAGACUAGAUCUAAUCGCAUGAGCACCUACUCGUACCUCGACGGGCACACUGAUCUUUCUGCUUUCGACGAUCCACCUUAUGCCGAUUACUUCGCUCCUAGAAUUGCCACGCGUGUCGUUCCGACUAGAGCCAGCUCCACAGCCGUCAACAUUCCUGCCAUGAGAGGUUUAGUCUUAAACAACGCCACUCCUGUCUUGUCCCAAAAGGCUAAGUUGGUUGAAGUUCUUGGUCCUCGCAAAAGAAAGCCCGUCGCUAACGCUGUCAUCCCAGUUCUCUCUGCUGCUCAAAUACUAGGUCGCUCGCCAACCAGACCCACUGUACCAGGUCCCGCGCGCCAGCCUCAGAUCGUUAGACCCAGCAGAGUUGAGUCGAGUGCAGCUAGCCUAUACUUCGACGCCAGCCCUGAAAGUCCCUCUGGAAGUCCCUCGAGCACUCGUGCUGAAAAGGGUUCUGUCAAAUACUUCCUCGGUUCUGAUAGCUCUUGUAGUUCUGCUUCUCUUACAGCCCCUCUGAUAACUCGUCCGAAUCUCUCGGAUCUCAUGCGAGGAUCGUCAAAAGAGUUCUGA